CGGGACACUACAGCAUGUUGAGCUCUGCGCUAAUCCCGAACAGAGCACAGCACGGCUCGCUCUGCCGCCCCACACCCACACCGUCAGCGGGGCGGGCGCUGCUGCGCUGGGAGCCGCGCCGGAGCAACGGGAGACGUGGGCGGCAGCGUGCGGAGCGACGGACAGACGGGCUAAAGGGCAGCGGCCUCGGGAUCGCGAGGGGCGGCGUAGAGAGGUGGCCUAUGGGAGCUCCCGGGGCUUCAGAUCCUUGGGAGGGUAAAGGAAAGGUGGCGAGGAGGGGAGAAGUCUGCACGGGCUCCCAUGCGCGCUGUGUAUUAUUCCUGGUACUAUGGCCCCUGCUACAAGCCCUGCUGGCACGGGGAGCGCAAGGUCGCAGCCGGCGGGGACGGGAAGGGGCGGGCGCUGGGAGUGCCUUACCAUGGGUAUGUGCUUGUGUAAUAUCCCUUGUCCUCUUGCAGGAAAAGUGCUGCAAGUAAAGCUAUAAAAAUCCUAAGACCCCCACGUGGAGCUCUGAGUGCGCCCUCUGCUUUCCCUUUCCCCACUGUCGCAACACGGACGGGCAGCGUCCAAACGCUCCUGGAGAUCGCGUCUCUUUUUUUUUUUUUUUAGAGAAAAAAAAAAGCAGCACAGAGGUUUGCGUUCAAAGUGCACGGUUGUUUUGCUGCCCGCAGAGCUGAGCGAUAGCAGCAGGAGGCUCGCUGUUCUCACCAGCCCGCUGCAGCCCCAGUAACGCACCGCGCCGCCGGGAUGGUCCUACCGGACACCACCGAGGACACGCAGGGCUCCGGCCUCGCCAGCGUGAACCCCGACCUGGCCAGCGAGAGGCUGACGGCCUCCUUCUGCGUGCCGAGGCUGACGGCCGUGCUGGACGGCGGGGCUGAGCGCACGCGGCUGCGGCGGGCGGUCGUGGACGUUAUCGAGAGCGACCCGGUAUUUAGCAGAGAAAAUCAGUACUUCCAGAGCCAGAAUGAGCGGUACGAAGCAGCGGUCAGAAAGGCCGUUCACGUCCGGAAGAAGAUGCAGGAGAUGGGAUGGAGCGAAGACGGACCUGAGUCUGUAUACAUUUACAGGGCGCUUUCAGGAGAUGUAGCAUUUCUCCUCCACCGGGUCUUCAUGAGAAGCAUUUCGGUUCUGGGCUCAGACAAACAGGUGGCCAAAUGGAUUCCUCCUGCCACUGAAUAUCAGCUCAUAGGAAGCUAUGCCCAGACCGAACUGGGACAUGGAACUUAUCUUCAGGGUUUGGAAACAACAGCAGUCUUUGAUAUCAGCACACAGGAGUUUAUACUGAAUACACCAACAAUCUCUGCAAUGAAGUGGUGGCCUGGAGACAUGGGAAGGUCAGCAACCCACACCGUGGUCUUUGCCCAGCUCUACAUCCACGGGAAGUGCUACGGUGUGCAUCCCUUCAUUGUGCAGAUCCGCAGCCGUCAGGACCAUUCACUGUGCCCAGGCGUAAUUGCAGGAGACAUUGGUCCUAAAAUGAAUUUUGAGCACAUUGAUAAUGGUUACCUGAUGCUGAAGAAUGUGCGCAUCCCCCGAGAGAACAUGCUGAACAAGUUCUGUGAGGUUCAGCCAGAUGGCACCUAUAUAAGGCGUGGGUCACAGAAGAUUAACUAUUUCACCAUGACUUCAGUACGCAUUUCCCUCAUUUCAGACGAAGUUAUUCUACCUCUAAUGAAAGCGUGCACCAUUGCCAUCAGAUACUCUGUGGUUCGCCGCCAGUCCAAGUUGAAGCCUGGGGAAGAAGAAGCAAAAAUCCUUGACUACCAGACCCAGCAAGAGAAGUUGCUGCCUCAGUUGGCAGCAGCCUAUGCCUUCCAUUUUAUCAACAACUACCUGCAUGAGCUGUUCAACAGGGGUUACAGAGAAAUCCAGGGGAGGAAUUUCGACUCGCUGCCAGAGCUUCAUGCAUUUUCGUCAGGCUUUAAAGCCAUGGUUACUCAGUACUGCACGUCAGGACUGGAGAUUUGCCUCAGGGCAUGCGGGGGACACGGUUACUCUUUGUUGAGCGGACUGCCUUCCUUGUACACUAAAAUACUUGCCUCUUGUAUUUAUGAAGGGGAAAACACCAUCUUGCUCCUGCAAACUGCCAGGUUCCUGAUUAAGUGCUUCACAGCAGCUAGUGCCGGCCAGCCCGUGCCACCAUCUGUCACUUAUCUGGCUGCAAUGAAACCCGGGAAGUGUCCUGCCAAGGACAAGUUGGAUUUCCUCAGCCCGGACAUUUACACAGAGGCCUAUCAACAUGCAGCAAUCAGACUGAUAAGCAGCACAGCAGCUAAACUACAGGACUUGAUUCAGUCAGGAGUCGAAAGGCAUGAGGCGUGGAACCAGUGCACAGUGCAGCUGGUACAGGCUGCAAAGGCUCACUGCCACUACAUCACUGUGAAAAACUUUGUAGAGACUGUGGAAAAACUUGAGAACACGGCUGGCAUCCAGAACAUUAUGAAACAUCUUUGUGAUCUGUUUGCGUUACACGGUAUCUUCUCAAAUGCGGGAAUUUUUUUGCAUGAUGGAUAUAUAACUGGAGCUCAAAUGGACAUGGUCACAGCAUCAUACCUGGACCUCUUGGGGAUCAUUCGGAAGGAUGCUGUUCCACUAGUGGAUGCUUUUGACUUCACAGACAAGAACCUGAAUUCUGCACUUGGCAGUUACGAUGGGCAGGUUUACCAGCGGCUUUACGAUUGGGCUCGGAAGGCACCGACCAACAAGCAGAUAAGCCCAGCCUAUGAAAAGUAUUUGAAGCCACUUCUUCACAACAAGCUAUCGAAAUUAUGAAGACUGUGAUCUAAGUGAGAUCACACCUGCUCUUUGCAGCAAUGCAUUUAUGAAGCAUCAGUAUUAUUAAUCAGAGAUUAAUCAUCAGUUACUUACUUGCAAUUGUGACAAGUACGAAACAGGAUCCUUAGCCAGCCAUUUGCAUUUAAUCAGAAAGAAGCUAAACAACUCUGAGUGGUACCCACUUUUCUGAAGCAGUCCAGUCAGAAAUAGUCCUGUUUUUGUUGUUUGCUUACUUGUUGGUCCUUGCUUUUGAGGAACAACUUAUUCUCGUAGAUUAAGAAGCAUGUUAGAAAAUGCAUUUGUUUGGAGAAUGGAAAGAGCUCUGAACUUGCUCUGCAGUCAAGGAUUUCUGGCUCACGAAGAAUCACACACAGCUGAUGUCAACUUCUGUCUGCAAAGAUUACUUUCCCAUUAACAGAGUCAUUCAUACUGUCUUUUGAUAAAUCUUUGAUUGCAAUAAAGUCUAUUUGGAAUACUGCUUCCCUAGUUAUUAUACUUGAUAAUUACGAAAAGGGGAGGCUGAUCCAGGCCCCUCAUUAAUUCGCUAGUAAAUGAAGUGUUGCAAGGAACACCUUGUGACUGAUUAUAAUGCAGUGACGACACAAAUACUUUCUUACCAGCAGUUCUGCUGCACUUCAUCAGUUCAGCUUUUCUUCUCUGCUUUCAGAAGAAUGAAGCUUUCACGAUGUCUUAAUACAAAAGUCAGAACCCCUAAAAUACAUGAAGGGGGAGAUAAAAUAGGGCAGAGGACAGGCCUUCUAACUGAGGGCUGAGAUGCAAGGCCCCAGGCUUCAGAAGGCUGCAACAACCUGAGGAACCCUGAUCCCUCUUUGACAUCUCUGAAGAGCAACGGUCCACACUUUAGGAAGCAAACCAGCUGUGGUAAGAAACCACUGUGACAAGAACUUCAAGGGAGAAUGUGAUCCAUUCAAUCAAAAUAAACACUGAAUCUCUACUCUCAAGAGAAUUAAGUUAGAACAUAACCAGAAAUUGUGUAAGUAACAGUGACACAGUGGCCAAGAGAAGCAGGAAUGGCUACAUGAAAUUAGCUAAGAACACAGAACUUCAGUUCCUUGACUUGAACAUAUCAGAAACAGCACUCCACAGUUAAAGAUACAGGAUCUUAUUCAUAUUACAUAUAUAAAAAUCCAUACGUGAUAUAAGCAGCUAUCAGAUAAAUCACUAAAAUGGGAUAAUACUGCUUAGCAGCUACAAGUAUUUUUAGGUGCUGUGUUCCCUCUCUCUCUACAGGAAAGUACAAAUCCUUGCCAUCCUUCUGUUGGUCAAAAUGCCUAGUUUUCCAAACACUUUUUUUUUCCU